GUAUUUAGAAACGACAACAGAAGAACAUACACAUGAAAUGCAAUAAACCUUGUUGGAUAAUUUGGACAGCUAAAACACAAUCAUACCAGCCAGUCAAAAUUAAUGUUAUACACAUGGGACACCUUAAUGCCUGCCUCUGACUUUUGACCUGUAGCAAACCAAAUUUCUAACACACUAAUUAAUAAUAGGAUGCCCAAGUAGAAGAACUAAAAAGUCCUCCAAAGACCCUUUCAAAAAGAAGAAAACAGCUAGCAUAUUGUUGAAGAAUAACAUUUGAAUCUUUGAAGUGAUCUUCAGUAGAUUAGAGAAAAUCAAUAUGGCAAGUUUUUUAGGGACUACUCAGAAGUGCAAGGCUUGUGAGAAGACUGUUUACUUGGUGGAUCAACUUCAGGCAGAUAACAAAAUCUACCACAAAGCUUGUUUUAGAUGCCACCAUUGCAAGGGCACCCUCAAGUUGAGUAAUUUCUCUUCCUUUGAGGGGGUUUUAUACUGUAAACCACAUUUUGAUCAACUUUUCAAGAUGACUGGCAGCUUAAAUAAGAGCUUCGAAAAUGGUGCUCCAAAAAUCUCUAGAGUUGAUAGAUCGACUAACCAGGGUCCAAAAAAUAGCAAAAUCUUGAGCAUGUUUGCUGGGACACAAGACAAAUGUGUUGCAUGUAAAAAAACUGUUUACCCACUUGAAAAGGUUAGGUUCAUAUUUCUUGUAUCACUGAAUUUGCACAUAAAAGUCCAACAUAAAUCUGUUUGAUUUAAUUUUAGUACUAUUUUCGUCCCAAAAUAAUUUUGUAGUUUGAAAUUUUAUUUUUGGUAUAAAUUUUAUUAAAUGUAAAAAUUUAAACAGAACAAUUAUUUUAAGAAAAAAAGAGUAUUUUUCAUUGACGUCUAGGCACCAAACUUUGAAUUUAUCAAAUUUACCCAUGAUAAACCCACUUACAUACAAAAGAAAAAAAGAAGAAGAAGAAGAGUAACUAUAAUUGUCUAUAAUUAAUCUGUCAUUCUAAAAUCACUUGAAUCUACUAUAGGAAACCACUAAAUCAUACCUUUGAAAUUUUCUUCCUUCUUAAUGAAUCGAUUUUUCUUUUUUUUUUUUUUUGCAAUGUCUAACACACCUCUUACUUCUUUCGAAAAUCUUUAAAUUGCUAUAUUAUUGUUGAUGUUUUGUAGGUGGCAGUUGAUGGAACAUCGUAUCACAAAGCUUGCUUUAAGUGUAGCCGAGGGGGUUGUAUGAUCAGCCCUUCAAAUUUCAUAGCUCAUGAGCAGAAACUGUAUUGCAGGCACCACCAUUCCCAACUUUUCAAGGAAAAGGGCAAUUUCAGCCGAUUCGAGGAACAAAAACCACUUAAAGGCCAAAUACCAGCAAUGUAAAAAAAUAAAAUUGAUCGAAUGAAUUAAUGCAAAAAAAGAAAAAGAGAGAGAGAGAGAGAGAAAAAGAUGAUCUUAUUUCGGAUAACAUUCGAUUUCGAAUUUUAUUUCUGUUGACAACAUUGUGUUCUACUUAAUAAUUUACAAAAUUUUGUGUCACAAAUGUAAGAACAUCACUGACAACAUUCUUUCGAAAUCAGCUAAUAAAUGAUAUUGGUGUAGUUUUCAUUUGUACUACAUCAUAUCAUUUCCCCUUAAAAUUCAUUUUCCCUUCUCAAUUCUCAUUUUCAUUUUGUACCAUUCUCUAAUGUAUUUAAAAAAG